UCCGCUUUCGUUGAUUUAGAUUACUUACAGAAUUACCUCGCAUGCUAUCUUCAGAAUUGCUCGCUCAAUAUUCACGAGGGUAAUGGGUUUUGAUAAAUGUUCACAUGACCUUACAAGUAUCGCGACGCGUUGUUUUUGCAUAUUUGUUCAUUUCCAUCUCUCAAUCAAUCAUCUUUGGCGUUCCAACUGACUUGUAUAAUAAUUCAAAUUUGAGCUCGCUGGUCGACUCGUCUCCCAACGUGCCUCGUCGUCGCGCCCUACGGCUCCCAUCACUAUGAUUGUCACUCUUUUAACCCUCCUCGUUGCCGCAUCAGCGGGUCGUGCGACAGUCACCGUCGACAAUCCGCUGGAUGGUCAACUGCCCCUUAUUGCUCGCAUUAGCGAAAACUAUACUUGGUCCUUCAGCUCGUUGACAUUCUCAACCGACCUGGACCAGCCUCUUUCAUACACCGCUUCAGGUCUACCGAGUUGGUGCUCGUUUGACAACGCAACACGAACGUUCCAAGGCUUGCCUUCUGCUGCAGACGAAGGCACGCCGCAGAUAACCAUAAACGCUUCGGACUCGGAGUCCUAUGCAACGUCGUCGUUCUUUCUCUGCGUCACGCCGUAUCCUCCCCCGACACUUCAAGUCCCAUUACAAAAGCAGUUCUUUGCAGGCAGCUCGGCGCUUUCCUCGGUGUUCUUUCUAUCCCCCGGAUCGGCCCUUGAAACGGACAACUUUGCAUUCAGGGUCCCGUCUCAGUGGUCUUUCAGCGUUGGUAUCCUCAGUGACACGUUCUCGGCCCAAGAUGACCUAUUCUACGCGGCCUUGCAAGCGGAUGGAACGCCUCUUCCUAAAUGGAUGACCUUCGACACCAAUACUGUGACCUUCGACGGAGUAACGCCGUCCGAGGCCGCUCUACCCACACCUUACACCUUAUCUAUAGAUGUGCAUGCGUCUGAUCAGCAAGGCUACACCGCUGACACCGUUUCUUUCGACCUUGUUGUGGCUUCUCACGAGCUGUACGCACUAUCGACUCUACCCACCGUAAAUGUCACAGCCGAAUCGCCUUUCAACUUCACUGUUAUGGCUGCCGCCGAUUUCACUGGUAUCUUGGUUGACGGACAGCCUCUACAACCUACGAAUGUCACUGGUUUAUCUAUCGAUGUGUCUUCGUAUAAGAACUGGCUUCAGUACGAUGAGGAAAGCAGGACGCUCUUCGGUAUUCCGCCCACUGGACUUUCCGUGACAAGCACUACGAACGGAGGACCUGUUCUACCUGCCAGCCUUACCACUGACUUCAACCAGACCUUGGAGACGACGAUCUCUCUGGCGGUCGUAUCAUCCUACUUCUCUGCCUCGGACCUUGGAGUCGUCAAUGCGGAUCCAGGACAGCAAGUACACUUCGAUCUGGCUCAGUUCUUCUCCAACAAAGCUGAUACUGCCCAAAACCACAACGAUGUCAAUCUCAGCGUUACCUUCUUCCCCGACGAUGCCAGCAACUAUUUGAGCUUCGAUCCAGUCUCUGGGGAACUAUCUGGACAGAUUCCAGGCAACUCUCAAAUCCCAAAGAUCGUGGUCACCUUCAUCGCCUACUCUCGUGUCACGCACUCCACUUCCCAUGCAACGCUGUCCGUCGUCUCUCCGCAGAAGGAGAGUCAGAGCCAGGGAUUAGGAACGGCGAACUCGUCUGGACGCCAGAAAACAACAAUAAUCUUGUCUGUCGUGUUUGGUGUUAUCGGAGGUUUGAUUAGCCUUGGCGCCGGCCUGGCGCUGUUCAGACGCUGCGCGAGGGUUCGAGACUCAGCCCUGCUAGGCGAGGAAGGCGCAUUCGCGUGGUCGGAUGCGGAGAAGAGGUACUACGGGAUGGGUGCUGGCGGAAGCAACGGUCUUCGUGAGGAUAGCAAGGGUUACGGCUGGUCCAAGGAGGCAGACACGAGCGCAACCUCGGAGAAAGGAAGUCUCGAGCUCGGCCAGCGACACGGCAACCCGUUCGAGCCCAACACAGGUCAGCCGUCUAAUGCGUACGAAAACCUUGGGCUUGGUCUCCGGCGUGUUGUUCCUCAAACGCCUUCGACUGUCCAUGCUGAUUGUCAUGGUGUCAUGAGGAAAGCCGAGUUCCUUGGGCGGAUAAAGGAGACUGCAAGGAACGUGAGCGACAAAUACAAGCGCAAGGCUGCUCCGACAAGGCCCAUCAUCGGUUACCCUACGUCGUUGACAUCAAGGCAUGCACGCCAGGGCGUGGAUGGGCUUCCUCUUGAAGGUGAAUACAUAGACAUCAGGGCCACCCCAGCUUCGCAGAGUGCACAAGAAAAUCCUUUCAACCACCCGGAGUUGAAGGUGAAGCGAGCGAGCACUAUGACUAGUUUCAUUAGUUCCCCGUCGAACUCUACGGAUGAGAGGUCUAUCCCACGAAGGCGAGCCGAUUUUGCCCCCCCAAGGUCCCCGCGAGGCCCGCGAGAGCCAUCGCCUGCCGCCGUCAAGGACUCUGCUCGCAUAAGCAUUGUCAGGGAAAGCAUACAGAGUACAAGCAUCGUUUCCUACGAAUCACGUCCCGAGACUAUCCAGACCAUCCAGACUGCAGAAGAAAAGCCUCGUCUCAAGCAGUUCAUGAAUUCUUCCCGUGUUCCUCCUCCGCGAUCUCCAUCUAGUAAUCAAGCAACGCUAGACGUAUCCCCAGGAGGAAGGAGAGUUGCCAGCCAGACAGCAAAGGUUUAUCAAGAAGGACGAGACGCACACCAUGCUAGUAUCGAUGAGCUUCGUAUGGGUAUGCAUUACGUUCGCACACUCGGAGAAGGCUCAUCGAACGUGCGCUCUGUAUCUGAUGAGUCCUUCUCAUCGCUCGCGUCGUCUCAGCAUGGUCAAGGUACUGUCGGUGUAGGGAAGGAAAACACUGUCUCUCGAUUCAUCGUGCGGACCGGCGAGAAGUUCAAGUUCCGCAUUCCCAUGAAGUCUGUCAAUGCUGUAUGCCGCACAUUGGAAGCGAAACUGAUGUCGGGGCAAGCUCUCCCGCACUUCUUGCAGCUGGAGCUGAAGGGGCACGGUGGUGACGACAAGAGAGUGGUCGAGUUCUAUGGCAUUCCUACAGAGCAAGAUCUUGGGGAGAUACAGGUGGGCGUGUUCAACGCGGAGGGUGGGGAGUGUCUUGCAAAGGUGAUCGUUGAGAUAGUUGGAAGGAACAAAAGGUCCCCGCCGCUGACAGGGUGAGCUGGCUCACACCGUCUCGUACUCGAUUUGUCCACGUUUCAUGGCUUUCCAACGGACCAGUGGGCUUCGUAUUAUUUGCAAUUCAUGUAACUUAGAUUUAGUUCGUCUACCUUCUUUCCGCGGUGUCAUACAUAAUGCCGUCUUUCGGGCACCCGAAGUAGCGCUCCUCAUGAGAACAUCAGUCCUUCAUAGAAAGUGUCAUGCAUUGCAUGACAUGGCAUCACUGUCGUCUGUCAAAUACCUGACAUUUACAAAGACAG